AUGCAUCACGGCGACCUUAUCGGAGCCGACCAAGGCCUGGCGGGCACGAAGAUGACGAAGGCGUUGAUAUACGGCACGGGAGGAGUUGGCUCAUGUUAUGGCUAUAUCCUCGACAAAGGCGGAGCAACGGUGACAGCAGUCUGCCGAACGAACUACAGCGCCGUUCGCGAAUCUGGCAUCACCAUCAGAUCAAAGCUAUGGGGCGAAUGUCACUUCAAGCCUCAUGCUGUUCAGUCAGUCAAAGAGGCCACGGCCGAUGGACCAUUCGACUACAUCAUCGUCGCCUCAAAAGCCUUCCCAGGCACGGCUGAGUUGAUCAAAGAAGCGGUCACGCCUGAGCACACGGCCAUCGUCCUCGCGCAGAACGGGAUUGCUAUCGAGGAGGAUUAUGCCAAGCUGUACCCUUUUAACACCAUCAUCUCGGGCGUGGUAUACCUCCCUGUAACCCAGGUGCAGCCAGGAGUCGUAGAAAUGGGACCGCUGGAACGCUUCGAGAUCGGUCCCUACCCAGCCAAUUCAUCCUCGACAGCAAAUGCGCUUGCACAGCGGCUCUCAGACCUGUGGAAAGCCGGUGGCGCCAACGCACCAGUCUUCGACGACGUGCAGCCGGUCCGAUGGUUCAAAGUCGCUAUCAAUGCCAGCUGGAAUCCCAUAUGUGCCCUCACGCUCUGCGACGAUGCCAACUAUCUCCGAUCUUCGAACAACUCUGAAGCCAUGGUGCGGAAGAUCAUGCUCGAAGUCGGCCGAGUUGCUACUGCAGAGGGCUACCCAGGAGCAAUCACAGACGAGAUCAUUACGCGUGACCUGGCGAGGCCGAAGGGUCGACUGGAGACUGGCGGCAAAGAACCAUCAAUGCUGACGGAUGUGAGAGCAAACAGGCCGAUCGAGGUUGAGGCGAUCUUGGGAAAUACUCUUCGUUUGGCGCAGAAGCACAAAGUCGAUACGCCGUAUCUGGAGCUUUUGUAUACGCUGGCGAAGGGAAGAAACUAUCAGCUGCAGCCGGACGAGAGGUGGCGGGACAUCUCGUUUGCGAAGGUUGUGAAUGCGACAUGA